AUACUUGCAACAAAGUUACGAGUUGUAUAGUGCCACUGAAAUAUAUGAUUUUCAAUACUUGUAGUGCGAAGUUGUUUCUGUAGCUUUCCAGAAUUUUGAAAUGUGAUUUUAAGCUUCUUUUCUCAGAGUGAUGAUCAAUUAAUUUCAUGUGAGAAGCUGAGAAAUAAUUCCUGGAGGCUUCUAAGAAUUUAUGUUGAGACUCCUUGAAUUCUUUAGUAACUAGGAGUGAAUCAUUACAAGAUGUCAGUUUUUCAUGCCUCUACCUUUUUCAACCACAAUCGGAAUUUAUUGGAAUUUAUAGUGUCUUGUAAAUCAGAUUUAUGUUGAGUUUCAGCCUUGAAAAAAAUCCCUAACUGUUUUACUGAGCCAAAAAUUAAGAGACAACCCUUUUCUCCAAAAAGAACAACACACACAAACAGAGAGAGAGAGACAGAGAGAGUGAGAAAAUUUUAUUUCUUAUGCUUUAAUUGUGAAUUUGCAACUCUAGCAACUGCUAAUAUCUUUACUCGUACAUGCUGCCAUCAAAGGGCAGGUCCACUCAAGUUCCUCUUGCAGCAAACCUGAAGAUAUGCUUGGUGUUGUAUAGUUGUGUCUUCAUUUUAUUUCAGCUACAUGAUGUGACUCUCGCUUGUAUAUAAAAAACAUUGGAGGAUGAUAAAGUCUGUUGAUGCUGGACUAGCUGCGAGUAUCUCUGUUUCCUAUUGUUGUGAUGAACGUAUUCAGAAGAUUCAGACAAUCAAAAUGAUGGAGGGGAUCUUCAUCUGUGCAGCUCCUCAUUGUCUUAAAUCUUUCCUGAAGAGUUCUGAGUUCGAAGCUCAUAUUCAUGAUAGCCAUGCUGACCUUCUACAACCAAAUGCAGUGAAAGAUGAGGGCAACGAGUAUGAAGUUCAGAGUACUAAACAACCAACAGCAUCAGAUUCCACUGUUCGAGCUCCUCCAAGGCCAGUUAUUUCACCUGGUUCAAGUUCUCAGCUUCUUGAUUUUGAAGACAAAGCUCGUCGGCAGCAGCCUAGAGAACCACUACAAAGGCCAAUGAUGUCAAAACCGCCAUAUUUUGGGCAAGCCCAAAAUUACCUAUCGGAGCCUCAGCUAAAUAAUAACCAUCCUCCAGGGUUUGACCGACCUGUCCAACAGAGUCAUUUUCAACAGAUCACACAGGGUCAUCCACAACAAGAAUCCAGCCAGUUUGCAGACAAGCAACAGGGAAUGGUAUCUGAGACCCCCAUGCCUGAAUACCCGCCUAUGCAUUCCAUUCAACCACCAAACUUUGUUGUGCCAAUGAAUUCGAAUCCUCUAUUAACUCCUCAAUUUGGUCUUCCUCCUUUCCAAACUGAGGGAGCUCAGCCAUUCUAUGUUGCACCCUAUGAGAUGGGCCAGAUGGCCAGGCCAGAUUCAGCACCAGAUGGUGGAGCAGAACAAGGGUCUUUGUUGGGCUUCCCACCAGGCCCAGCAAGUGGUAUGAAUUUCAUGGCAAAUUAUUCUCAGCCCUGGAAUUCUGGACCAGCACCAGGGAGCCAGGGAAUUCCUGAUGCUUUUGCAAACUCGUCAGAUUCUCAGGGAAAUAUUGCAUUUUAUCAAGGAGACUAUGGACGAAAUCCAGGAAUUCUACCAAUGGUCCCUCCUCCCCCACCCACUGCCAACAAGGGGAUGGAAGCUAUACAUGCUGGUAAUAUGGAUCAUCGAGAUGGCAAAGGUAUAUUGGCACCACAGCCCUUUAAACAUCCACCACCACCUCCGCCUCCCUUGCCUCAUGCAUCACAGUCCAAACGGGGUAAAUAUUAUUCUGGGGAUAUGGGCCAUGAGGGACCUGAUUUUGGAUGGCAGCAUGAGAACCGUGAUGGUUUUGGAAGUGGGCAGGAGUAGAGAAAUUGCUUUGUUUUGCUGCUGUACCCUGUAUUGAAUUUUAGGGAACUCUUGCUUGGACCAGCUAUAUGCCUAUAUAGCCUACCAGAUUUUGCUUCAUUCCCCUGCCUGUAUUUGUUUUUCUCUAUUAUGGGCAUUAUUUGUGUUUAUUUUUCUCCCACGGGAACUUUAGUUAAAACUAUUUACCUGGCCUCCUUCUCACAA